AGCAACUCAGCCCUGAGAGUAGGGCACUGCCUGCAUGGGACACCAUGUUCUCAUGGAGCCCCACGGCAGCCCUGCUGGGAUCUUGCAGUGUGAAAUAUACCUCCUGCUCUUAGCAGGUUCUUGUUCUGGACUGAAGGUUACAGUGCCAUCACACACUGUCCAUGGCAUCAGAGGUCAGGCCCUCUACCUCCCUGUGCACUAUGGCUUCCAUACUGUGGCAUCAGACAUCCAGAUCAUAUGGCUGUUUGAGCGACCCCACACAAUGCCCAAAUACUUAUUGGGCUCUGUGAAUAAGUCUGUAGUUCCAGACUUGGAAUACCAGCAUAAGUUCACCAUGAGGCCACCCAACGCAUCUCUGCUCAUUAACCCGCUGCAGUUUGAUGACGAAGGUAAUUACAUCGUGAAGGUGAACAUUCAAGGAAAUGGAACUCUAUCCUCGAGUCAGAAGAUACAAGUCACUGUUGAUGAUCCUGUCAAAAAGCCAGUGGUGCGGAAUCAUCCUUCCACUGGGGCUGUGGAGUACGUGGGAAACAUGACCCUGACGUGCCAGGUGGAAGGCGGCACCCGGCUAGUUUACCAGUGGCUAAAAAAUGGGAAGCCUGUUCGUACCAGUGUCACCUAUUCUUUUUCUCCCCAAAACAACACCCUUCAUAUUGCUCCAGUGACCAAGGAAGACGUUGGGAAUUACAGUUGCCUUGUGAAGAACCCUGUCAGUGAAAUGGAAAGUGAGAUUGUUACACCAACCAUAUACUCAAAACCCUACUUCUUGAAGAUCAAGGAUGCAGUUAGUAAUUUGGUUCACUAUAGAACUUCAUAUACAAUCCAAAGACUGGAGAAGUUUGCACAAAAAGCAAAAUCAUUGUCACCUUUAGCAGUUAUAACAGGAAUAUCACUAUUUUUGAUUGUAUCUAUGUGUUUUCUCUUCAUAUGGAAAAAAUAUCAUCCCUACAGAGUCAUAAAACAGAAGCUAGAAGGCAGGCCAGACACAGAAUACAGGAAAGCUCAAACAUUUUCAGGCCAUGAAGAUGCUCUGGAUGACUUCGGAAUAUAUGAAUUUGUUGCUUUUCCAGAUGCUUCUGGUGUUUGCAGGAUGCCAAGUAGGCCUGUUCCCAGCCCUGAUGCUGUAUCAGGGCAGGAUGUACAAAGCACAAUUUAUGAAGUUAUUCAGCACAUCCCUGCCCAGCAGGAAGACCAUCAAGAGUAA